AUGUCCCAUAUAGAACUUGUCUGCAUCGAGUGCGAAGCGUCUUACGAGGCCGACAUGCACACGCUGGGUUGCGAGUCAUGCGGCUCGCCCCUGGAUGUGUCCUACCUGGAGUCUGACGCCCACACCAUGGGUGUCGACGGGCUCAGGAUGCCGGUGCGGUUUCAUGCGGACCACCCCACCGUGACGUUGGGAGAGGGUCUUACUCCCCUUGUCGAACUGACGAGCAUCUCACACGAGAUGGCCGGGGACCGCGGCACCGCCACGAUGUUGUCCGUCGCCAGGGAACACGGAGUUGAAGCCGUUGUCGAGGACUCGUCCGGGAACGCGGGAGCGUCCGUCUCAGCGUAUGCUGCCCGGGCCGACAUUUCGGCCCACGUCUUCGCACCUGAGUCGGCGCCUGACGCCAAGAUGGGACAGAUUCGCGUCUAUGACGCCAGUAUUCACCCUACGGCUGGUCCGCGGGAGGCUAGCACAGAGGCUGCGGUCGACUUCCAGCGCAGACACGGGAUGGUGUACGCCUCCCACAACCUCAGCCCCUACUUUGUCGAGGGCACCAAGACGUUCGGCUACGAGGUAGCCACACAGAUGGAAGUGGGCCCGGACCAUAUAGUGAUUCCGGUAGGUAACGGCAGUCUCCUGCUCGGCGCAUGGAAAGCGUAUCUGGAGCUCAUGAGGCAGGGCGCCGUAUCAGGGAUGCCGAAACUGCACGCGAUACAGGCUGAGGCGGUCAUGCCAAUCGCAUCGGAGAUCAUGGGAACCGAAUGGAACCUGGUGCAUCAACCAUCGCCGGCGGAAUAG